AUGUCACAUUAUUCUGUUUUGUCAUUAAAUAUUUCUCUUUUUUCACAUUCACUUCAGCUUAUAUCUAAACUCAUUCGAUUCUAUCCUCAAUUGUUUAACUUAUUCUAUAGUUCAUUUAGGGAUUUAUGUAUUCAACCAUACAUUGGAAGGUUUACUCCAAUUCAGUUGGAAAAUGUAUCAAUAUUAGUAGAGUUUCAUGUCAGUAAAAUUGUUGAAAUUGCUAUUGAACAUAAUGCAAUAGCUAGCAUACCAAUGCUUUAUCCUGUUACAUCACUUUUUAAUGUUCAUUCAGAACCACCACCAAGUAAUUGUCGAGUAGUAAAAAAGAUUGUUGAUCGAUAUCCUGGAAUUGAACGUUUAAGUGGAGAUCAAUUAGCAGAAAUUCUCAUUAAUAUAAUUGAACGUCCAGUCCCAGACUUUCCAUAUCGAUAUAAUAUGCCACCAAUAAUGAUGUCACAUUUUUAUUCAAUUUGGACUGCUUUUACGAAUAAAAUGGAAGAAGGUAUGAUAGAAGAAGAUAGAGAGAAUGAUAGAUUUCAAGAGAAAGAAAAAGAAGUAGUAACUAACAGAUUAAUUAGUAUGGAAGAAAUCAAACUUGAAGAACAAGAAGAGGUUGAAGUUGUUAAUACUAAUUUAAUUGAUCUUCAAAGAGAUGAUACACUUUUAACAGUAGUUGAGUUUGCUACAGAUUCAGUAGUUCGACUAUGUCAUAGUUAUGAACAAAGUUGUCAUCCUGAUGAAAAAAGACUUUGUGAAAAAGUAGUUUCAGAUAUAUUAUUAAUGUUAAUAAAAGAAGUUGAUUUAGAAACUAUACGUUUAGAAGAUAAAACACUUGUAGAUUAUUUGAUUUAUUUUACUACAAAGGAUAAUUGUAAAAAUAUAAAAUUAAUCAUAUUUCUUAUGUUUGAACUAUACCUUAGAAAGUAUAAUGAAUUGUAUUUAACAGUUUUCAAAAAAAUGUUGUUUGAAUUAAUUCAUCCACCACAACCAGGACUUAUUACAUUUUUUAAUCAAAUUCCUUUUAUUCCACGUGACAUAGAAGAAAUAGAUAAUAUCCUUUCAUUAUUAAGAAUUGAAAAACCAAUGGAAGAGGAAGAAACAAAUAACACUUCACAAAACAAUCAAAUAAAUGAACAAAAUAAAAAAGAAGAAGAAAGUCCUAAGAAAGAAGAAAAGAAAAUAGAAAUAACUAUUUCAGACAAUGAAGAAAAUAAUGAAAUUGUAAAGAAAGUUGUUGAUUUUACAAUUAGAAUUAUUAAACAAACACCACAAAGUUAUAUUGUUUUAUUACCAUUAUUAACAAAACAUUUAUAUUGUUAUCCAAUUGAUUUACAAAUUAAUGUUAUUACUAGAAUUUGUACUGAAAUUUAUCCAUUUAUCCCUGGGGGAUUUCGUAAUGGAAUUGUUCCUAUUUUAAAGUUAAUUUGUGAAUCAAAUGAAUAUGAAUAUACAAUAGCUAUUGUACGUUUAUUAUAUUCAAUGUGCUUAUACCAAAAUGAUUUAUUAAUAGAAAUAAUUAAACAAUUACAAGAUAUAAGUGUUACUGAUACAUUUAUUGAUGCAUUCUUUGGUAAUUUAACCUCUCUGUUAAAACCAUUAGUAUACAUUAUAUUUGAAGAACAAAAUUUUAUUCAAUAUGUUUAUUUUAUUUCAACUAAUGAUAAUAAAUUGAAUCAAUAUAAAAUUACAUUACUUGAAAACAUUUGUGACUUUUAUCUUCCAUCUCUUCCUGAACAUCAAUGUUCAGUUAGAGUACAAACAUUAGUAAAUGUUAUAUUAUCAUAUUUUUUAAAAGAACCAAUGAAAUAUACUCAAUUUGUUAUUAGUAUUCUUCCAGUACUUAAUCCUCCUUAUUUUAAACAAAUAUUUUCAUGGUUAAUUAGUAAUUUAGAGUCUCAACCAAAAUAUAUUGAAAUUAUAUUUGAUCGUAUAAUUUCAAGUAGAGCUUCUCGUUAUAAAUUUGAAGAUAUUAUUAUUAAUUUAAUUAAUUCUAAAACAAGUCAUCUAGUUGAAUAUGUAGAAGUUCUUUGUUCUGUUGUUAAGAAUCAUCCAAAUACUUUAUUAAGAACAAAAAUUAAUUUUAUGCAAUCUAUGGAUAUUCUUAUUUCAAAAAAGACAGAUACUUUUUCUUGUCUUCUUUGUCUUGUUAAUAUAAUUAAAUUAUCUACUGGAAUUAAAUACAUUACACUUAUUGAUAAAUUACUUCGAGUUAUCAAAACAAGUGAAAUUACUGAUACGAUAUUACCAGUGUUUGUUGAAUUGAUUGAAUUAACAAUUCCUUCAGGAAUUCAUUUAUUAAUGUUAUUAUCAGAAGAAAAGAUUAGAGGUGUUAUGAAUGAACAUCCAAAGAUUGUGCAAAUUAUUAGAGAACUUCCACGACAAGAUUAUGACAAGUUAGAUAAAACAGUUAGAAAAGUUAUAGAAUCUUUAAUCAAACCAAAUUGA